AUGUUUGCAUUUUCUUUUGCUCUUUUACUCUCUCUACUUCCUGCUGCCGCUAAUAUAUAUGGUCUUGAUGAGCUUACUGGUGGUUGUUGGUAUCGUGGUGCUGGUCAACAAUAUAUUUUAAUAUGGGAAUGGACUACAUUUUUCGGUUGGAUGGAUGCAUCUAUUUUGUAUUGUGCGAUCGUUAUUAUUAUGAUAAUUAGAAAACUCAACUUAGUAGCAAAACAAUUCGAUACUUUGGAUUUUUCUUCGACUUCUCGGUCAUCUAGUCAUCUCCCCUUAAUUAGUAAGGCUAGAAUUUCAUCUGUUGUCAGAAGAGUCAUGUGGUAUCCAGUGUUGCCGGUAGCUCAAAUUUUUGGCGGUUUCACUCAAACUUACUAUCAUAUUAAUCAUGAGAUCCCUUAUGUAGUUUUGUUAAUUUGCUUUAUUGGCUUAUCACUUCAAGGAUUACUGAAUGCUUUAGUAUUUUCACAAGAUAUUGCAGUUACUCUUUCACAACCUUCUCUCUUAGAGUGGUUAAGAUACAUGCUAUUAAUUAAAAUUUUCUCUUUUCCAAAAACCACAUCUCGAGUAAAUCCAUCUAAUAAUUUAUCAUCGAUUAAUUCCUCUGUCGGUAAUAAGUUAAGUGCACCCUCUGUUCUGGUUGAAAAGGACAAUUCUGAUAAACAAAAUGUUGUUCAAGGUAGUUCGAUUGAACUAACAGAAAAAAUAUCUGAAGAAAUUGUAACAACGUUAAGAAGGCUUUAA